GUAAGCUCUCGCAGUAAGCAAGCCUCAAGCAGGUAUUAGACGAAGCGAAUAUUUGCUAUUUUUGGUACGAUUUUUAUUUGCACAAAACAAAAUCCGUACCAAAAAUAGCAAAUAUUUGCUUCGUGUAAUACCUGCUUAAUAAGAGUAAUAAACAUCAUAUCCAGUCUUCAGUCAGUGUGACCACAGUGCUAUGAACUUUUAACCACUCUGCUGUAUACCGAUUGCAAGAAGAAUAACCCGCAACUAAAGAAGUUGAAUUGAGUUCAGAUUUUUGCUGUGACCUUUCUACAGUCAGCUGGAUUUGCGGUUAAAGUCGCCAGUAAGUCGCCAACUCGCGAGUUAAGUCCCGACCGACCAACCAGUUGGAGCGUGAAACGCGCAGAAAAAUAAUCAGAAUGAAUAGCAUAGUAAAAGUGUUCAGCAAUUUUAAGGAAUUCUACAGUGAGAUCAACGGAGCUACCCUAACGGGGGCAAUCGACGUGAUAAUCGUAGAGCAACCGGAUGGCUCGUAUAUGUGUUCACCGUUCCACGUACGCUUCGGCAAGCUGGGAGUUUUGCGAAGCCGUGAGAAAAUCGUUGACAUCGAGGUCAACGGCGAGCCAGUAGAUAUCCAUAUGAAAUUGGGCGAAUCGGGGGAAGCAUUCUUCGUGGAAGAAUGUCGCGAAGAGGAUGAAGAAGUCCCCGCACACAUGGCGACAUCACCCAUACCGACCAGUUCCUUUGAGGCAAACUUCGAAAGUUCCAUUACCAACAUCGUUGGUAAGGAGGAUGUUGUCAUUCCUAGACCGAGAAGAAACUCAAUCGAUGUCUCGAAAGAAAUUGCUGAAACAGAGAAGUCCAAAUUCGAAAAUCAAACUUCCGAAUUCAGCCAUCGGAGACACACCGAUAACACAACCGGCCGGCCGGAUUUGACCCUAUCGAAAAAAGAAUACACAACUCAAAAACUUCGCCAGGAAUGGGCCGAAGUAGAGCAAGAGCAGAUUUUUCAAAUGGAUGGAAUCGAUGUGCCUACUGGCAACGACUGGUCUAAUAGUACUCCUCUUCCGACAAGCGACGGGCAACAGAUGCAUUUCAAACCGAUCGAUGUAGUACCACCUUCCACAGAGUCCCAACCGUUUAGCACGGAAUUAAUUCCUAACGAAGAGCAGCAGAUCUCGACCGUGGAUGAUAAACUAAAUGGGGAUACAAAAUCCAAGAAAAAACGCCGAAAGAAGUCGAUUAUGAAAAAGAAAAACACCCAGCGUAAAAACUCAACCAGCAGCUCGGCUGGUUCCAAUCACUCGGAUCCGAACGACGGAGCAGAAACGGACAGUAUAACUGCUUCGCAACAAACGGCAUCCUCCGUCAGUGGAUCUCCGAAAGAAAAUGAUCAGGAUGCGUCAGCCAGCGAUACUCAAUCUAAGGAAGGUGGCGUAGAGCCGGCAGUUGAGAAUGAUAACGACAUCAAACUUGCCAUAGAGCAACCUUCGUUGAAUCGUGUUCACGAGCUGGACAUCCAUUUCUUCAGCGAUACAGAAAUUGCGACCGGUACCAGCCCACUCCGUCCGUCUACGCCGGUUCAGAGUGACACGGAGUUUGAAAUUUCUCAGCGUGAUCAAAGCAAGGGCGAUAAUAUGGCAGCCUCCUGGAAGUGGGGUGAACUUCCGACGAAACUUGAGGAUUCGGAAGACGCCGAAAAUCAGAGCAAGCAAGCUCAGCGCAAUUCGAUGCUCAGUGGUUUGAUGAGCUUUAUGAAGUAUAAUAAAAAACUGCGUAAAAACGUUCCGAUGGAUGGAUUGUACCUGUCCGAUUUGGACGAAUCGCUUGAUCCGGAGAUAGCAGCUCUCUAUUUUCCCCCGUCGGCUUCCAAAGCACAGCAGACGCAAAACGAGGAGGACAGAGAAAGUGGAAACGGUACCUCACUGCCGCAUAGUCCGACAUCGCUGGAGGGGGUCAAAAGUUUGGAUUCUGAUUUUGACGAUAAGGUCGAAAAGCUAUCGCUAGAUUUCAUUGCCAUGUCGUUGUGUGGCGGACUCGAGAAUGGUACACCUUCGCACGAGGAAUUUGAGAAGCAUCGAUUACAAUAUUCGGACGUUUGCGCCAAUCCGAUUAUAUUUUCGUCGCCCGAGUUGGUUGUUCGUAUCAACGAUAAGUACUUCAACUGGGCAGCUGCUUGUCCACAGGUGAUGACGAUGUUGGCAUUUCAGAAGACACUUCCGAAUGAUUUCGGUGAUGUGUCCAAGUUUCAGCAAGGAAAGGGAAUUGCGGAGGUUUCGAGCCGGUUAGAAUCCCAAUCAAAUAAACCGAAUGCUCAACCUAUUGCCACUGAAGCCGUCGCCCGUGGUGGCCGUUGGUGGUACUGGCGUCGGUCUAAUGACAAAGCCACCAUGAAGUUGGACAGUGAGUCCGAGCAACGCUCGCUGGAAGAAUCGAGAACAUCGGCAGUGGCUACUCAGACGUCUCGUUCCAACUCGCCGGACGAUGUUCUGCUCCCGUCGACGGAAAGUGUUAGCAAGGCGAAAGAGAGCUAUAACGGUUCGCUAAGCUCAGAGGACUUGGAGCUGUCGAUCGAGCGAAGCAAUGUGCGACUCGAAAGUACUCACAGUGAACCCACAGGAGGAGUGGUGGAAAAGUAUCGCAAAACCCUUCGCCUUUCGUCGGAUCAAAUCGAUAGCCUGAAUCUGAACGACGGAUUGAAUGAGAUUGUUUUCAGUGUCACCACCGCUUACCAGGGGACCUCCCGCUGUAAGUGCUACGUGUUCAAGUGGCGAUACAACGAUAAGGUUGUUAUCUCCGACAUCGAUGGGACGAUUACAAAAUCCGAUGUGUUGGGGCAUAUCUUGCCGAUGGUGGGAAAAAAUUGGGAACAAAUAGGGGUGGCGCAGCUGUUUUCGAAAAUCGAAGAGAAUGGGUACAAAAUGUUGUACCUCUCCGCAAGGGCAAUUGGACAGGCGAAGUCAACACGUGAUUAUCUGCAAUCGAUAAGGCAAGGUGAUGUCAAGUUACCAGACGGACCGUUGCUGCUAAAUCCUACCUCACUGAUGUCGGCCUUCCAUCGCGAGGUAAUUGAAAAGAAGCCAGAACAGUUCAAGAUAGCCUGCUUGAGUGACAUCCAGGCUCUGUUUCCGGAUAAAAAUCCUUUCUAUGCUGGUUAUGGAAAUAGAAUCAAUGAUGUUUGGGCCUAUCGAGCGGUUGGAAUACCGAUUUCACGAAUUUUCACCAUCAAUACCAAGGGAGAGCUGAAGCAUGAACUCACGCAAACAUUCCAAUCAACUUACGCGAAUAUGGCUUACAUUGUGGACCAACUAUUUCCCCCUAUCAAACACAUCGAAGAGGAGGACAGCGAAUAUACCAGCUUCAACUACUGGCGGGAUCCAGUACCGGAUAUAGACCUGAACCUAGAUUUAUCCAACGGCUCUCAAGGGGCAGCGAUUACUGUCUCCCUUACCACUAGCACCCCCGGUGCGCUUACGUUCGAGAAAGUGACUCCAACCAGCACUUUGAUACAGCAGGCCCUACCGACGAUUCUAGAGAACUCAAUUCAUUAGACCGCUGUGCUCGUAUUCUGCGUAGUUUUUUAUGAUUAAUGUAUCCCUAACUAGAAUAUUACAAUAAUAGUUUCACGUGAAUGAACCAAAUCGUAAAUGUCAUUUAAACGCCAGGAGCUUUCUCUGUAAGCAACGCGAUCAAUAACUGUAAGGUAAUCGCGAAUGAAUAUGUGUAAAACAGCUUUUUGUCUAGCAGACACUCAAUAUUUGUUAAUAAUAGGGACUAAUUUCAAUUAUUCAGAUAGCAUACAUAACCAAAUCGUGAACAGCUGUUUUAGAUAUUAUGCAGGAUUAGUUUUUCAUGUAUCUAAAUUAUCUACUUAGUUGAAAGCUCGAGAAAAAGUGCUGUCCAAAACCAGCCCUUUCAGAGCAAGAAAAAAAUGUGAUAAAAUUUAUUUCUAUUUAUGUUUACUUUAUAAGCAGAUUGUUUGAAGGACUCAAAAACGUCGGAUUUCAUACUUAAUGUUUGAAUAUUAUUUGGCGCCUGUUUUUCGUUCGUGAUUCAUGUUAACCAGCAAGAACUAUAUAAUUCACAGCUUACACAGUACUAUCGAACAUGUAGGGACUAGCAUAACUAUGAUCGUAUUAAAAUUACUCGAACGUUGAAUAAACGCUAAAUUGUGCUUCAA